AUGACUACUACUACUUCACAGUUUAUUCAAAAUAAUGCUGCUCUUCCCACGUUGAUGAACCCAAUCUCUACAACUAAUAACCAUCAUCAUGAACCUUCCCGAGGAUUAUUAACAACAAAUAGUACGGGAACAUCUUCACCGACAGAUUCUUCCAUAUUAGAACCAUCGAACGGUUCAUCCGCUUUCAACUCAAGAUUAACGUCUCCAUUAAUAAGAUCUAAUGAACUUAAUGCAAAUUACUCUAAUGUCCCCAGUAGAUUGCCCUCCACAUCUUAUUUCGCUCAACACCCACAACAACAAACACCACCAUUAUUGAACCCAGGUUCCACCAGAGAUAUACCCUUACGAACAAAUAGCAUUCCCAAUAUAAUAACCACCACUCAAAAUAAUGGCGGUGGCGGUGGCGGUAGUAUCAUAUUACCACCCAUUUCAUCAUUUGACAGCCUGAUCCUGGCGGCACAAAGCACAAGCGUCACCAACACCAAAAGAUCCAAUUCAUUACAGGCAGGUUUCACAAUACCUGUACCUGAGGGAUCCAAUUUGAAAGAACCCAUCCCGAUCCAUAAACCAAAAUCAAGAAGAACAUUGAUACCGAGAUCAAGUUCCGUUUCUCACACUAGUUCCAAUUCCAAUUCCAUUCCCAGUUUCAAUACCCUCUUAGCUUCAUCCAUUCAGAAUUCUCCCGUAACGACACCAAGUAUUUCCGCGGACUCCAUCUUGAAUAAUAUAAAGAGGGAUGGGGCCUCGGAGGGAUCCCAAAGUGAUGUAAGUAUUGACGGUGAUAGUAUUCAUACGAACGCGACAGACAAGACGGGCUCGGGGAAUAAUAAGGGAAGCGUCACCAAGACAAGAAGGAAGAAACAAUGUCCUACAUGUCUGAAUUAUUAUGCUAACUUAUCUACUCAUAAAUCGACACAUUUGACUCCGGAGGAUAGACCUCAUAAAUGUCCCAUUUGUGAGAGAGGGUUUGCACGUAAUAAUGAUUUGAUUAGACAUAAGAAACGUCAUUGGAAAGAUGAGUUUAAGAAGGAUAAGAUGAAGUUGCUACUUUCUGAGACCGGGUCAACGGAUCUCUCGACGAAGGAACAGAAGGAAAUAUUGAAGAAGAAUCAAUUGAAGGCAUUACAUCAAAUUAGAGGUGCGUUUAAAUGCCCCUAUAAUAAAGCUUUAAUUGAUUUGGAUAUGGAGACUUAUCCAUAUAAAUCCAAGAAUUUGAAUUUUACUCCCUUAAAUUGUCAUCAAACAGGGGUUUUUUCCCGUUGCGAUACGUACAAGAAUCAUUUAAAGGCAUUGCAUUUCGAAUAUCCGCCAAAGACUAAGAAGGAAGAUAGGGCUGUUAUGCCCGGGAAUUGUAAACAUUGCGGGAUGAAAUUUGAAAAUGUCGAUGUUUGGUUGAACAAGCAUGUGGGGAAAGAUUGUGGUUACUACUACCAUUAA